GCGCGAACAAGGGCGGAAACGCAGCGCGGUGACAGCUGGGUAAAUUCACCGACAUACAGGAAGAAAGAAAGACGAAGCCAGUCAAGUCUGCUCUGCAAGCCUGUACAUUCCCCCGGUGACAUUAAGGACCAAAUCACUGCUUGACCAGUUUAGCAGGGGCCACUCCCUUCCUGCACUGCUGGUGAGUCAUCUCUCAGCUGGGACCAGGAAGUGAAACUUUUGAACCUUGAUAUCUGCAGGUAUGGCUGAGUUGGCGAGUCUGGUGCAGCGGCUGGAGGUGGCGGUCGGUCGCCUGGAGUCCAUGUCAGGCCCUGGAGGAAGUGGUGGAAAUUCUGCUGGGGGAGCUGUAUCGGCGUACGUCGAGGCCUUUGAUGUGAUCGUCAGCGGUCCCGUGGCUCAGUACUUAUCUCUUAGCCAGAAGAUCGGGGGCGAUGUCCAGAAACAUGCAGACAUGAUGAAGCAGGCAUUCUCCAGUCAGAGAAUACUCCUCAUAACAGCCUCUUCCUCCCAGAAGCCCUCUGAUGCAGUUUUGACGACUCUCCUGCAGCCGGUGUCCAAAGCGAUCCAGCAGGUGCAGACGUUCCGCGAGCAGAACCGCAGCUCGCCACAGUUCAACCACCUUUCUGCCGUGAGCGAGAGCGUGCCCGCCCUCGGAUGGAUCGCCAUGGCUCCUAAGCCAUGCCCCUACGUUAAAGAGAUGCAGGAUGCUGCCAUGUUCUACACCAACCGUGUGCUCAAGGAAUUCAAGGAAAAGGACCAGACACAUGUGGACUGGGUGAAGGCCUACCUCUCCAUCUGGGCUGAGCUGCAAAACUACAUCAAAGAGUACCACACCACCGGGCUGACCUGGAGCAAGAGUGGUGCUGUUGCUUCAGCCUCUGCAGCUCCCCCCAGUGCUCCUGCUGGUGGAUGUCCUCCACCUCCCCCUGGACCUCCUCCUCCCCCCAUGGACUUGAGCGGAUCAUCUGGUGGCGGUGGCGAUUCUGGUGCUGACGAUCGUAACGCUUUGUUCGCGGCCAUCAACAAGGGAGCGAACAUCACCAGCGGCCUGAAGCAUGUGAGCGACGACCAGAAGACCCACAAGAAUCCUAACUUGAGGGGUACGGCUCCGGUGCGUUCCGGACCAAAACCUUUCGCCUCAUCCAAUCCCCGACCUGCUGCGUCGGCCACCCCGACCCGCAAGCUGCCCCCUGUGUUUGAGCUGGAUGGGAAGAAGUGGAAAGUGGAGAACCAAGACGGAGCGCAGAACCUGGUGAUCGACCGGACUGAGCUGAAACAAGUGGUUUAUGCUUACAAGUGCAACAAGAGCACCCUGCAGAUAAAGGGCAAAAUCAACUCCAUCACUAUAGACGGCUGUAGUAAAAUGGGCCUGGUGUUUGAUGAUGUCGUGGGCAUCGUAGAGAUUAUCAACUGUAAGGAUGCCAAGAUUCAGGUCCUGGGUAAGGUCCCCACUAUCUCCAUCAACAAGACGGACGGUUGCCAUGUCUACCUGAGCAAAGACUCUCUGAGCUGCGAGAUUGUCAGCGCCAAAAGUUCAGAGAUGAACAUCCUGGUACCCAACAAAGACGGAGAGUUUACGGAGAUGCCUGUUCCUGAGCAGUUCAAGACCGUCUGGGACGGAAACAAGCUCAUUACCACAGCAACGGAGAUCGCCGGAUAGACGGCAGCAUGUGAAAUGGCGGCCCCUCCUCGACACCAUCCCCACCCCAUUUUUUUUUUUUUUUUUUGUGUGCAAAUGCCUUCCUGACUGAUCAACCACCCCACCAGCUAACUCUCACACUGUAGACUGAGAUUUGGACCUCAUGUGUUAUAUCUUCCUUCCUUGUCAGCCAAUCACAGCUUAAGCUGUUCCUUCCAUCAGCCAAUGAGAGGACUGCUCACUUUUAUCUGGAGCAAAAUCCUCCAGCCAAUCAGCAGGGAGCGGCUUGUCAUUCAAAUUGGUUUUCUCUGUAAGCCAGUGAGCACUUUUCAAAAAACAUUCAAGUUUUGCCAAUAGCGGGGAUGCUCUAUGAUAUUUUGUAUCUAUCUGGAUUAUGCUAAGCAAAAUUUAACAUGUAGAAUUUUAACUUGUGACCUGACUUCCAUUAUAUGCAAUUCACUGGUGAAGCACUAGUCAAAGGAUAAUGGCAUCCGUAUCACCUCCGCUGAUGUUAAUUAUAAUAUCAUUCAUAGUGAAUAAAGUCUCAGAGCACAUAAAUAGGACUUAAAAUGUGUGUGCACACAUCAUGAAACUCUCCAUCUAGAUGAUGUUGGAACAAUUAAAAUAGGAAAAUUAUCAUUCCAUGUGCUUUCCGUUAAACCCCACACAUAGGACAUUCCCGAGUAAAAAAAAAAAAAAAAAAAAACAUUCCAUAUAAAGGAGGCAUGUAAGAAAAAGUUUGCAAUAAAGAGCACAAGAGAUGUUGAUAUGAAGUGGAAGAGAGACUGAAGGAAAUAAUCAGUUAAAUUCUCCACCUCCAUCUCUUGAUUGAAAAUAUCUGCUGUAAUCAUCUGUACAGGUAUUAAUUACAGAAAAGUCUUAAAAUUUUAGCCUGACCAUUGGCAUCUCUCCACUCGCUCAUGUCUGCACUCUUUGGUUAUCUUCAGCUCUUGAAGUUCUAAAACUCUUUGCUGAAUUUCCUUUAUAUUGUCUCCUUUUUACCUCUUUAUUUUUUUGGGUCCAAAAAUCUGAAUUCUGCUCAUUAGUACUGGAGACAUCAUUAAAACAUGUUGCAAUAAAA